CGGACUCGGAGCGGAGGAGGAGCGGGAGGAGGGGGAGAAGGAGCGGAGGAGGAAGAGGAGGGACAAAGGAAGAGGAGGGACAACGGAACAGAAACACCGGGAGGAAGAACCGCCCCAACACCACGCGGUUCCCCCGCUCCGGCCGCAGCUGCCCCGGCCCCGCCGGCAUCGCCGCCCGGAGCCCGCAGGAGCUGAGCAUGGAGAGCAGCGAGGAGCCGGUGGCAGAGGCCGUUUGGAGCGGCUCCACGGCUCGGCAGGGAGAAGCCAACGGGGAGGAGAAGCCGCGGAGAUCCCUGAGCAGGAGGGGCUGCAAAGGCAGAGCGCGGGGAUCCGAGGGGGAAAGAGCCAGCCUGGGCCAUGGAGGGGCUCAGAGAUCCGAGCUGGGGCCCCGUGAGCAGCUCCAGGGUGGGGAGGAGAAGCCCCACAAGUGCUCCGAGUGUGGGAAGAGCUUCAGGUGGAGAUCCAAACUGACUGUCCACCUGAGGAGCCACACUGGGGAGAAGCCCUAUGAGUGUGCUGAAUGCCAUCAGAGGUUUUACACCAACUCCCAUCUCGUCAGUCACCAGAGCAUUCACACCAAGGAGAGGCCCUUCCGCUGUCCCAAUUGCGGAAAGGCAUUCAGGCAAAAGUGCAGCCUCGUCAUCCACCAGCGAAUCCACACCGGGGAGAAGCCCUAUGAGUGUGGGGAGUGUGGGAAGAGCUUUAGAGACAGCUCCACCCUUUCAGUCCACCUGAGGAGCCACACGGGGGAAGGACCCUACGAGUGUGACCAGUGCCAGAAGAGCUUUAUGGGCAGCUCUGAUCUCCUGGUGCACCAGCGCUCACACACGGACGAGAGGCCCUUCCAGUGCCCCGACUGCGGGACGGGCUUCAAAAGCGUCUCUAACCUCAACACACACCGGCGCAUCCACACCGGGGAGAGGCCCUACGAGUGUGGUCAGUGCAGGAAACGGUUUCCGAGCAGCUCCCAUCUCCUCAGUCACCAGCUCAUUCACAGCGAGGAGAGGCCGUUCCAGUGUCGUGAGUGCGGGAAGGGCUUCAGGCAAAAGUCCCACCUCAACACCCACCGGCGCAUCCACACCGGGGAGAGACCCCACGAGUGUCCCCAGUGUGGGAAGAGCUUCAGAGCAAGGUCCUACCUGACUGCCCACCUGAGGAGCCACACCGGGGAGAGGCCCUAUGAGUGUGGGGAGUGCGGGAAGAGCUACACGUCCAAGCACCACCUGAUUUACCACCAGAGGAGCCACACGGGGGAGCGACCCUACCAGUGUGACCAGUGCCAGAAGAGCUUUAUGAGCAGUGGUCAUCUCCUGGGGCACCAGCGCUCACACACGGACGAGAGGCCCUUCCAGUGCCCCGACUGCGGGAAGCGCUUCAACCGCGUCUCCACCCUGAACAGGCACCGGAUGAUCCACACCGGGGAGAGGCCCUACAAGUGUGAUCAGUGCGAGAAAAGGUUUGACAGGUCCUCCCAUCUCCUCCGUCACCAGCUCAUUCACACCGAGCUGAGGCCUUUCUACUGCCCUGACUGCGGAAAGGGCUUCAAGCACAACAGCACCCUCAUCACCCACCAGCGUAUCCACACCGGGGAGAGACCCUACAAGUGUGAUCAGUGUAGGAAGGGCUUCAGGUGUAGGCCUGAACUGACUGUGCACCUGAGGAGCCACACGGGGGAGCGACCCUACCAGUGUGACCAGUGCCAGAAGAGCUUUAUGAGCAGCCGUGAUCUCGUGGUGCACCAGCGCUCACACACGGACGAGAGGCCCUUCCAGUGCCCCGACUGCGGGAUGGGCUUCAAAACCGUCUCCCACCUCCACAGGCACCGGCGCAUCCACACCGGGGAGAGGCCCUACAAGUGUGAUCACUGUGGGAAGGGCUUCAAGCACAGCAGCACCCUCAUCACCCAUCAGCGUAUCCACACCGGGGAGAGGCCCUACGAGUGUGAUCAGUGUGGGAAGGGCUUCAGAGACAGCUCCAGCCUGACUGUCCACCUGAGGAGCCACACCGGGGAGAGGCCCUACAAGUGUGAGCAGUGCCAGAAGAGCUUUUACACCUCGUCUGAUCUCCUCAAGCACCAGCGCAUCCACACGGACGAGAGGCCCUUCCGCUGUCCCGAAUGUGGGGUGGGAUUCAAAGAGAAGUCAACCCUCGUCAAACACAGGAGGAUCCACACCGGGGAGAGGCCCUACAAGUGUGAUCAGUGCCAGAAGAGCUGUUCCACCUCGUCUGAAGUCCUCAUGCACCAGCGCAUCCACACGGAUGAGAAACCCUUCCGCUGUCCCGAAUGUGGGGUGGGAUUCAAGCGCAAGUCAGGUCUGGUCAAACACAGGAGGAUCCACACCGGGGAGAGACCCUACGAGUGUCCCCAGUGUGGGAAGGGCUUCACCUCCAGCUCCCACCUGACUGUCCACCUGAGAACGCACACCGGGGAGAGACCCUACGAGUGUGAUCAGUGUGGGAAGCGCUUCAGACACAGCUCCGGCCUAACUAUCCACCUGAGAAUGCACACUGGGGAGAAGCCCUACGAGUGUGAUCAGUGUGGGAAGCGCUUGAGACACAGCUCCGGCCUGACUGUCCACCUGAGGAGCCACACUGGGGAGAAGCCCUACGAGUGUGAUCAGUGCCAGAAGAGUUUUGUGAGCAGCAGCGAACUCCGCAAGCACCAGCUCACCCACACCGGGGAGAAGCCCUACAAGUGCUCCGAGUGUGGGAAGAGCUUCAAGUGGAGAUCAUCCCUGAUCCGCCACCACAGGAUCCACACGGGAGAACGUCCCUACGUGUGUGGGGUGUGCGGGAAGAGCUUCAACACCAGGUCCUACCUGAUCGUCCACCAGAAGAUCCACAACGGCGAGAGGUCCUACGAGUGCGGGCUGUGCGGGAAGAGCUUCAGCACCAGCUCCCACCUGAUCGUCCACCAGAGGAACCACACCGGGGAACGACCCUACGAGUGCGACGUGUGCAAGAAGAGGUUCCAGAGCAGCUCCACGCUCCGUGGUCACCAGAGGAUCCACAGCGAGGAGCGGCCGUUCCGCUGUCCCGACUGUGGGAAGGGAUUCAGGGAGAACUCCACGCUCACCACCCACCGCAGGAUCCACACCGGGGAACGUCCCUACGUGUGCGGGCAGUGCGGGAAGAGCUUCAGCACCAGCUCCUACCUGGUGGUCCACCAGAGGAACCACACCGGGGAGAGGCCCUACGAGUGCGGGGUGUGCGGGAAGAGCUUCAGCAGGAGCUCGCAGCUGAUUGUCCACCACAGGAGCCACACUGGAGAACGUCCCUACGAGUGUCCUCAGUGCGGGAAGGGCUUCACCAACAGCUCCAACCUGAUUGUCCACCAGAGGAGCCACGCUGGGGAGAAGCCCUACGAGUGUGAGCAGUGCAGUCGGAGGUUCAAGAGCGUCGGGGAGCUCGUGGUGCACCAGCGCUCACACGCGGAGGAGAAGCCGUUCCACCUUCUGGAGUGUGGGCAGACCUUCAGUGACAACUCCAAGGUGGUGAAAGCCCAGUUCAUCCACAGUGAGGAGCGUGAGGAGAACUUCAGUGGGAGCUCCAGGCUGGUCAUCCACCAGAAGGACCACGCUGAGGAGAACUUCAAUGAGAGCUCCAGCCUGGUUAUCCACCAGAAGGACCACGCUGAGAAGAACUUCAGUGGGAGCUCCAGCCUGGUCAUCCACCAGAGGGACCAUGCUGAGGAGUGGGAGGAGAACUUCAGUGAGAGCUCCAGGCUGAUUGUCCACCAGAGGGACCAUGCUGAGGAGAAACCCUACGAGUGUGAGGAGAACUUCAGCAAGAGCUCCAAGCUGAUCAUCCACCAGAAGGACCACGCCGAGGAGAACUUCAGUGGGAGCUCCAGCCUGAUCAUCCACCAGAGGGACCAUGCUGAGGAGAAACCCUACAAGUGUGAGAACUUCAAUGAGAGCUCCAGCCUGAUCGUCCACCAGAAGGACCAUGCUGAGGAGAAACCCUAUGAGUGUAAGAACUUCAAUGAGAGCUCCAGCCUGGUCAUCCACCAGAGGAACCACACUGAGGAGUGUGAGGAGAACUUCAGCGAGAGCUCCAGCCUGGUCAUCCACCAGAGGGACCACGUUGAGGAGAGGCCCUACGAGUGUGCCCAGUGCCACCAGAGGUUCUACACCACCACCACGCUCCUCAAGCACCAGCGCAGCCACGCCGAGGAGCGGCCGUUUUGCUGCCCCGACUGCGGGAGGAGCUUCAAGAGCAGCUCAGCCCUGGUGGUCCACCAGCGCAUCCACACCGGGGAGAGGCCCUACGAGUGCCAGCAGUGCUGGAAGAGCUUCCACACCGCGUCCGACCUCCUGCUCCACCAGCGCGUCCACACGGACGAGAGGCCCUUCCGCUGUCCCGACUGUGGGGUGGGAUUCAAGCACAACUCCACGCUGGUCAAGCACAGGAGGACCCACACCGGAGAACGUCCCUACGUGUGCUGGCAGUGCGGGAAGAGCUUCAGCGCCAGCUUCAGCCUGAUUGUCCACCACAGGACCCACACUGGAGAACGGCCCUACGAGUGUGGGCAGUGUGGGAAGAGCUUCUCGCAGAGCUCGGGGCUGGUGGCCCACCAGAGGUGUCACACCGGGGAGAGGCCCUACGCGUGUCCCCAGUGUGGGAGGAGCUUCUCGCAGAGCUGUAAUUUGGUCAAACAUCGGUGCAGGGCGCGGGAGGAGCUCCGUGAGCUGCUGCAGGUCCGUGGUCCGCAGGAGAACCCAACGUGGAUGGUCCCCGGUGGGCAGAACGCAGGUUUGGAGGACACCUGGGUGAAGGUUCCUCAUUCUCCUCAAUUUGUCAACUUCUGACCCAAAAAAAUCUCAUUUUUUCCAUCUUUUAGUGGUUUUAAGCAACACCAGAUAGCCUUGGAGGUCUUCUCCACCAUGGGAGGAUCUGCUCUGGAUGGUCCCCGGUGGGCAGAACGCAGGUUUGGAGGACACCUGGGUGAAGGUUCCUCAUCCUCCUCAAUUUGUCAACUUCUGACCCAGGAAAAUCUCAUUUUUUCCAUCUUUUGGUGGUGUUCAUCAACACUAGAUAGGUUUGGAUGUCUUCUCCACCAUGGGAGGAUCUGCUCUGGAUGGUCCCCAGUGAGCCCAGGUGGGAGGAACCCUCUUGAUCCAGGUUGAGAAGACACCUGGCUGAAGGUUCUACAUCCUCCUGGAUUUGUCAACUUCUGACCCAAAAAAAUCUCAUUUUUUCCAUCUUUUGGUGGUCUUCAGCAACACUUGAAUGUCUUCUCCACCAUCAAUCCAUCUCCCAUGAUGGAUGGAUCCCCAGUGAGCCCAGGUGGGCAGAACCCAGGAGAUCCAGGUUUGGAGCACACCUGGGUGAAGGUUCCUCAUCCUCCUCAAUUUGUCAACUUCUGACCCAAAAAAAUCUCAUUUUUUCCAUCUUUUAGUGGUUUUAAGCAACACUAGAUAGCCUUGGAUGUCUUCUCCACCAUGGGAGGAUCUGCUCUGGAUGGUCCCCAGUGAGCCCAGGUGGGAGGAACCCUCUUGGCUGAAGGUUCUACAUCCUCCUGGAUUUGUCAACUUCUGAUCCAGGAAAAUCUCAUUUUUUCCAUCUUUUGGUGGUCUUCAGCAACACUUGAAUGUCUUCUCCACCAUCAAUCCAUCUCCCAUGAUGGAUGGAUCCCCAGUGAGCCCAGGUGGGCAGAACCCAGGAGAUCCAGGUUUGGAGGACACCUGGGUGAAGGUUCCUCAUCCACCUCAAUUUGUCAACUUCUAACCCAGAAAAAUCUCAUUUUUUCCAUCUUUUAGUGGUUUUAAGCAACACUAGAUAGGUUUGGAUGUCUUCUCCACCAUGGGAGGAUCUGCUCUGGAUGGUCCCCAGUGAACCCUCUUGAUCCAGGUUUGGAGGACACCUGGGUGAAGGUUCCUCAUCCUCCUCAAUUUGUCAACUUCUGACCCAGAAAAAUCUCAUUUUUUCCAUCUUUUAGUGGUUUUAAGCAACACCAGAUAGCCUUGGAGGUCUUCUCCACCAUGGGAGGAUCUGCUCUGGAUGGUCCCCACUGAACCCUCUUGAUCCAGGUUGAGAAGACACCUGGGUGAAGGUUCCUCAUCCUCCUGCGUUUGUCAACUUCUGACCCAAAAAAAUCUCAUUUUUUCCAUCUUUUGGUGGUCUUCAGCAACACUUGAAUGUCUUCUCCACCAUCAGUCCAUCUCCCAUGAUGGAUGGAUCCCCAGUGAGCCCAGGUGGGCAGAACCCAGGAGAUCCAGGUUUGGAGGACACCUGGGUGAAGGUUCCUCAUCCACCUCAAUUUGUCAACUUCUGACCCAGGAAAAUCUCAUUUUUUCCAUCUUUUAGUGGUUUUAAGCAACACUAGAUAGGUUUGGAUGUCUUCUCCACCAUGGGAGGAUCUGCUCUGGAUGGUCCCCGGUGGGCAGAACGCAGGUUUGGAGGACACCUGGGUGAAGGUUCCUCAUCCUCCUCAAUUUGUCAACUUCUGAUCCAGAAAAAUCUCAUUUUUUUCCAUCUUUUAGUGGUUUUAAGCAACACUAGAUAGGUUUGGAUGUCUUCUCCACCAUGGGAGGAUCUGCUCUGGAUGGUCCCCGGUGGGCAGAACCCAGGAGAUCCAGGUUUGGAGCACACCUGGCUGAAGGUUCCUCUCCCUUGGAUUUUCUUUUUAUUUCUCUUUGUCCUUUCUAAAUCUGAGGUUAAAAAUAAAGAUAUUGA